CACUUAUAUCUGACAUGUGGCAACACUUUUUUCAGUCGUAGCUUCCUAUUACAAUUUUCCACGGGUUUUUCGUGUGUGUUUUUCGUCAAAAACUAAAGAAAAAACUAAUAUUAAUUGAAAAUUGCGCUGCAAUAUUGUGUUUAAUCGUUGGACGUGCUAAGUUUUAUGUGCGCCGUGUGUGUUUACGCGUAAACGUUAAAAUGGCGAACGUAAGGGACAGCGACACAUCACUGUGGCUGCAUAAUAAACUGGGCACAUCAAACGAUUCGUGGAUAAAUGGUUCAAUAUGCUCGCAAUUAAACAAGGAGGUUUUGCGCAACAUCAAAGAGUGUUUUCCCGAUUUGCAGACGCAGGUCAAGUUAAAAUUGCUGCUCAGUUUUCUGCAUAUUCCGCGCCGUCUGGUCGAAGAGUGGAAAAGCGAGUUGGAGGAGGUAAUCGAAGUUGCCGGUCUGGAUUCGGAAUUAUGGGUCUCGAUGCUGGCGGAGACGAUGAAAACAUUUCCGGCGACCAGUUCGCUGAACACAGAAAUCUCAGAUUACGAGGACACGCGACCUAUAUUCACCGAUAUGGUCAACGAUCUGCGCAAAUUGGUCACCAAGCACUCAGAUCUGGGCAUGCUGCCCCUGGAGUGCCAGUAUCUCAACAAAAAUGCGUUGAUCUCGGUGGUUGGCCAACAGCCGGCGCCAGUUAAGCAUUUCACGCUGAAGCGCAAGCCCAAGAGCGCUCAGCUGCGCACAGAGCUGCUGCACAAGUCGGCGGAUGCGCAAUCUUCGCUGAAGAAGUCAUCGGCGCCGACAAUACCGCUGCGUUCACGCGGCAUGCCGCGCAAAAUGACGGACACAACGCCGCUGAAGGGCAUACCCUCACGCAUGCCGACCACGGGCUUUCGUUCGCCCAGCGUGCCGGGCAACGCGCAGCGGCCCAAUCUCAGCCGAACGCCAGCCGGCCGCAAGGAUGGUGGCAUCAAGAUACUCGAAUUCACCGAACAGCCGCUGGGCUAUGCCGCCGCUAAAAAGCGCAAGCGCGAACAACAGCUGGAGGAGCAGCAAAAGAAACAGGAACAGAAGCAACAGGCCGCCGCAGCGGCUGCUGCCGCAGCAGCUGCCAGCUGCAAUAACAACAGCGAGAGUCCGCCCACGGAUGCGUCGCAGGUGGCCAAUGCGAGCGUGGGUGAGACGCCAACCACGCCCACAUCGGCUAAUAACAGUUUCGAAAUCAAAUUGGAGCCACAGCUAAACCAAAGCAGCGGCAGCCUGGAGGAGCAAAUGGACGAGGACUUCAAGACGCCCGAGCUGGUGGCGAAGGCUGCACUGCAGCCGGAGACGCCGGGCACGCCCGAAUAUGCAGCAGCUGCUACGCUGCAGUUUACCCCAACCAAUGCGCCGGCUGUGGUGGCCACGCCCACACGCAAGGCGGAGAGCAAGGCGAAGGCAGCCAAGACGGCGGCCAAGCUGAACAACAACAACAACAGCAACAAUAACAACAAUAAUAAUAAUAAUAGUUAUCAUCAAACGCCGAAGCGCAUUAAGCAGGAAAUCGAGAUCAAGAGCGAGGAGAUUAUCGUGCCGGCGAACAUAAAGCUGGAGAAGAUUGAGCCGACGACGCCCAAUCGCGUCGCUCAGCCGCAGGUGAUCACCACGCCCACGUCCACGUCACAGCAGCGCAUUAUUAUACAGCAGCAGCCGGUGCAGCGGGCACAAAAUUUGCUUAUACGCAGCGCGCCGCAGCCGAAGCGUCUAAAUAACAACAACAAUGCGGCAGCAGCAGUAACAACGGCAAUGGCCACGGCCACCACAACCGUGGGCAAUACCACCAUCAAGUUGGAGAAGCUGGACAUAAAGCCCAUGCUGCGCGCAGCGGCUGCCUCAAGCGUGCCCAACAACAGCAGCGCCGCCAGCACCAGCAGCACAGCGACCACGACAACCACCAUAUUGACGCCGCAGCAGCUGCGACAGGCGGCCAGUCCGCUGGCCAAUCUGCCCAACAAUAUCUCUGUUAAGAUAACCUCCGCCAAGGCCAAGGCGGCGGCGGCAGCGGCAGCAGCAACAACAGGCAACAGCGCCGGCAGCAGCAGCAGCAGUCAGGCUGCAGCAGCAGCCGCAGCAGCUGCACAGCAGCAGCAGCAACAGCAGCAGCAGCAGCCCAUACUGAUCAACAGCUCCACGCCCGUCAUAUUGGCCUCCACGCCCAGCGCGCAGCGUGCGAAACCUCUCCUGACAGCCAGCAGCAGCGCCAGCGGCAGCAGCAGCAGCACGACAACAACAACAAUACCCUCGCAGGCUAUUAAGACCAUGCCGCUGAGUCAGCUAAAGACGGCGGCCAAUAGCGGUCCGGUCAUCAUCUCGCAGACCAUUAUACAGCCCGCCAAGCGAGCCCAACAACAGCAGCAGCAGCAGCAACAGCAGCAGCAGGGCGCCACAUCCAGCGCAGCGGCAGCAGCCGCGCAGCAGCAGCAGCAACAGCAGCAGCAACAGCAGCUGCAGCAGCAACAGUUGUCACAUCCUCAAACCACGCAGUACAUUCUGGCUGCACCACAGCCGCAACAGCAGCAGCAGCCGGCAUUGCCCACGCUCACCUCCUUCACGCAGACACGUCCGGCGCCGCAGACAGCGACGCUUUAUCAGACGGCAGCGGGUGGCGGCGCCGGCCAGACGCCCACCAAGAUCUUGCUCAAGACAACAGGCACAUCGGGCGUGGUCAUGACGCCGCUGCGUCAGCAGCAGCAGCAGCAGCAGCAGGCGACAACAUUGGUGUCCAAUAAUCCGCCGCCGCUGGUGGCCACCAAUGCAGCGCUCGCCGCCGGACAGCAGACGCUCAAUAUACAAAAUGUGCAGCUGCCGAAUCGGCCGGUUACCAUACAGCCCGCCUCGCAGGCGGCACAGCAGCAACACAUGCAGGCACAGUUGCAGCAACAGCAGCCGCAUCCGCAGCACACGAUUGUGGCCAAUACGACGGCAACGCAACAGCCAAAGCUGUCGCAGGUGCUGAUGCAGCCCGGCGGCACCAUAGCCGGCGGCACACUGAAUGUCUCACCGACGACGGCGGGCAAGAACAAGACCAUCAUACUCACCCAGAAAGGCGUCAUAUUGCGUAAUAUUGGCGGCGACAUGUAUCAGAUACCCAUUAGCAAUGUGGGCGGCCUGCCGGGACUCGGUGCGGGCGCUACGCUCAUGACAACCACGGCGGCCGGUCCGCCCAGCCUGGUCAAGACGACGGCGUCAACGAGCGUACAGCCCCACACCAUACAGCUGCAACAGCAGACCCCGCAGCAGCAGCAGAGCGUGCAGCCCGGCAAACAGCUGAUGCCCACGCUGAUACCAACCAACACGAUUGGGGGACAACAUGUCAUCGUCCAGCAGCAGACGCCGACGAGUGUCAUUGGCAAUUCCACACAGCAGACGAUAAUACGGCCAGUCAUGACCAAUGUGGGCGGAGGAUUGACCACGCUGCCGCAGGGCCUGACGCUGAUCCAGCGUCCUGGCCAGCAGCCGCAGCUGGUGCAGGUGCAGGCGGCACCGCCGAGCAGCGCGCAGCGUACGAUUAUAACGCAGUCAGCGGCGGCGGCGGCGUCGCAACAGCAGCCGCGCCAGCAGCAGCAACAACAGAUACUGGUGCAGCAUAAGCCGGCCCUGCAGCAGCGUUUGGUCACCUCGACGAGCACCGCGGGCGCCCAGCUCCAGCAGCAACAGCAGGGCAACAACAAUGCGGCCAUAUCGCGCACCGUCCAGGUGCAGGUCACACAGCAGCAGGCGCAGCAGCAGCAGCAGACGACAGCUCCGGCGGCACAGCAGGCGCCACAGCGACGCGGCUUGUCGCUAUCGAAUGAGCACGUGCACAAGGCGCACGAGAUGUUCCGCAAGGCGAAUCGCGUCUCGCGACCAGACAAGGCGCUCAUCUUGGGCUUUAUGGCCGGACUACGCGAGAAUCCGCGGCCCAAUACUGAAAAUGUGCUGGUCAUCAAACUGGGCGAAACCGAGGAAAAAGUGCAACAAGAGGAUGGCAACACGGCGCUGUGCCUGGUCGAAUCGCACAUCCGCCUGGACUACAACACCGGCGAAUGGAAGACAUUCCAGAACUACAGGCUCCUGGAUCAGACGGCUGCCUCAUAGUCCACAAGGGUCAUACGCAUUGUGCGCAAAUCCUAGGUGGACCUCCGAUGGGCUCCCCCCGAUUUGCCGUGCUGUGCGUAUACCCUAGAAUGCUAUUGCUACAACUGGAGUUGUCUGUGCGUCAUUCGUUCUGCGUGGCCAGCAGCUGUGCUUGGCUAUUCGCUAAUUAGGCUACUAACCAAUCCCCCAUCCCAUCCCCUCGCUCCCCCUUACGUCGCUACCCAGUUUUUUCCCCCGCUUUCCAAAAUGUUGGAAAUAAAUGAACUAUAAAACAAUUAACGUAAAUUAGUAGCUGUACAGUUCUUAGUAUAUAUGUAUGUAGUAUAUAUGCUAGCGCUUAAAACGUUUAGUAAUCAUGCCACAAAUACACACACAAACAUAAACACAUUCAUACACAUACACACACUUACACACACACACACACACACACUUCACAAAACCAAGCAUAUGCAUAAUGUAUGAUUAGAAGCACGCUUGACUGGAGAGAUGAAAGAUGAAAUGAAUGGCAAAUGCAAAUGAUCGUACAUUCACACACAUCCACACACAUCCACACACAUCCACACACACCC